UUAAUUUCCAUUAUAGCUCAGCGACAUGAUCUUCAGAAGAAGCACAAGGAGAUGCUGCAGUCAUGUCAGACUAAACCACACAACCUCCCUAUAGUGGAGACUACCAUUGAACGAGAGAAAAUUACACUAGAGCGGCGCUGUGAAGAAGAGGUGAAAAAGCGGGAUAUGAAGAUUAUCCUGGAUCUGGACCAGAAGGUGAUGGAUCAGCAAGUGAUGCUGGAGCGUGCUGGAGUUCCUGGAUUCUUCGUCACCAAUAAAAGACAAGACAUUCAGCUACAGAUGUAUCUUCUGGAGUUUAUACAGAGACUCAGUCAUAUGGAUAUUCCCUCCUGACCUUUGUUAUAGAGACCAGUCACAAAGAGCUCACCUUAAACUUGAUGAUACAGAGACUCAGCCACAGAGAUCACACUGGCCCCUGUUAUAGAUACGUGGGUCAUAUAGAGGUGAUUCUUGCCUCUGCUUUUAGAGACCAGUCACAAAGGGAUAACCUUGAACUUUAUUCCACUCAGUUUCAGCGAGAUCACCAUGAAGAUCAUCAUGAAGACUCAGUCACAUAGACAAUACUCUGACAAGUGUUAUAGAGACUCAGUCAUGUAGACAUUACUCUG